UUUCUCACUAUGGAAUUAUCAGAGCUUCAUUUCGUUUUGAUUCCUUUAAUGUCCCCCGGCCACCUUUUACCAAUGGCCGACAUGGCUCGCCUCUUAGCCAUUCACGGCGUCACCGUUUCGAUCGUCACCACACCUCUCAAUUCCCUCCGUUUUGCCUCCGUCAUCGAACGUGCCGUCGCCUCCGGCUUCCGGAUCCGCCUCCUCCACAUCCAGUUCCCGACAACCGAUUUCGGCUUACCGGAAGGCUGCGAGAACAUGGACCAGCUCCCUUCCCGCGACUUAAUCAAGAACUUCUUCAUGGCGGCCGCCGAAUUACAACAACGAUUCGAAGAGCUUCUCAGCGGGUUAAGACCCAGACCGAGUUGCAUCGUCUCCGGUAAGAAUCUGCCGUGGACGGUCAAAACAGCUCAAAGUUUCAACAUCCCCAGAAUUUUCUUCGACGGAAUGGGUUGUUUUCCGUUCACGUGUACUCAUAAUAUAGAGCUCUCGAAGAUCCAUGAAUCGGCUUCGGAGUUUGAUUCCUUUGUAAUCCCCGGUUUGCCUCACGAAAUCAAAUUAAAAAAAGCUCAGUUGCCUGAAAAUUUAAGCCAAGGCUCGAACGAUUUGAAGAAUGUAAGAGAUAACAUUCGAGCGACGGAGAAUAUUAGCGACGGAAUCGUCGUCAAUACUUUCGAAGAACUCGAAACCGAAUACGUUAAAGAGUAUAAACGAGUUAACGGCGACGAUAAAGUGUAUUGUAUCGGCCCGGUUUCAGCCAUCAACAAGCUGAGCUCCGACAAAGCAGAAAGAGGCUCAAAACGGUGUCGUUUGAAUUUGAAACUGAAGACAUGGCUUGACUCGAAGCAACCUGGCUCAGUGAUUUACGCUUGCCUCGGAAGCAUAUCGGGUCUCACAAAACAGCAGCUUUUGGAGCUCGGGUUAAGCCUGGAAUCAUCGAAGAAGCCAUUUAUUUGGGUCAUAAGAGAAAACCCGAAAUCAAAUGAAUUAGAAAACUGGAUUUCAGAAGAAAAAUUCGAAGAUCGUAUCAAAGAUCGAGGGCUUAUAAUCCGUGGUUGGUCCCCACAGUUGUGGAUCUUAUCACACCCCUCCAUUGGAGCUUUUUUGACGCAUUGCGGAUGGAAUUCGACCAUGGAAGCGGUUUCGGCCGGCGUGCCGGUCAUCGCGUGUCCAUUGUUCGCCGAGCAGUUUAUCAACGAGAGAUUGCUCGUCGAUGUGCUCGGGAUCGGGGUUAGCAUCGGCAUCGAGGCGGCUGUCACGUGGGGAUUGGAGGAGGAGUUCGGGUUAUUGAUGAAACGUGAACGAGUGAAAAUGGCGAUCGAGGAAGUAAUGGAGGAAAGUGAUGUUGGUGAAGAAAGGAGGAGAAAGGCUAAACGGCUUGGGGAGAUUGCAAAUAAGGCCAUUGAAGAAGGUGGAUCUUCGUACAACAACAUGAAAAUGUUGAUUCACUUUGUGCUUCGACGAACUAAAGAGGUGACUCGAACCAACUCUUAAUUCAUAUGAACACGAGUAACAGUCUUAUAUGGAUUUCAUCAUCAUACACCAAGCAGCAAGUUGCAGUCUUAUCAAUAUGAAGGCAUAUAUAUAUAUAUACAAUCAACAACUAUCUCGGGUCGUUUUCGUCAUCCCACCGGAGAUGUUUUAGCUGCGAGAAGAAUGAGAUCUCGCCGGUGGUAACUAGUCCGGAGCUUCUUGUACUUCUGCACAAAGGUCCCGAUAUCAUUGCAUCUACAAGGAAGUGAAACUAUCUUCGAGUACUCGUAUCUAAAUCCGUAUAACGUAGCUAAUAUACUAUUAAUAUGUACCUUGAAGCCUAUGCAUAAACGAUGCACGGGAGUAGAACUUCAGAGUUUCUUCUUUCUGCCUCUCGAGCUCGUUUAGUUUUUCCUGAGCCGCCGCCAAUUCAGUCGUUCGGAUAAUUCUGCACUGCAAUCACACGAAAGAAGAA